AGCUGCCGCCGGCACGGCCUCGGCUGCUCUCGGAAGCGGGCAGCGCGUGACGCUUUCCUGCCGCUCCACUGCUGCCUCCUGCGAUUUCCGCCCUCCACCAGCUCAGCCGCAAGAGAGGAGGACUAAACCGCCCCCGUCGCGACUAAUUUCUCCGCAAGGCUGUGGCGGGUGUGCAGAUGUUUGCUAUGUACCAGCCAGAGAUACCCAUCAACCCCCUGUUCAACGAGGCAAAGGAACGCUCUCAACUGGACGUGGCUUACCUUGGUGGGAGGGACUGCCGACCAGACACAAACCUCAACUUCAUGGGCGAGGAAUCCUAUGACAACAAUGAAAACUGGAGCCAACACAAAUCGGGGAUCUUGACGCAAGGGGAAUCUGAGCAACGAGGUGAUGACAACGCACCCGAGGCAUCUGAUAAUCAACGAGUGCUUACGGAGAGGCAGAAAGCAACGAGCCCACCUAGGGAUGUUCCCCAGGGCUUGAAGUGUGAUGGCAUGUCCUUUGGCUCUGAAGAAGAGGAGGAAGAGGAAGACGUCCGCAGUCCUCCAGAAGGGGCAGAGGUCAAUGGCCUGGAGCUUGAGAAAACCACCACCGAGGAGAGGAUGAAAGAAAAUAGGAAGCUAGCCAGCUCCCCUUUGGAAGACAAUGGUUAUGCCAGCAGUUCUCUGAGCAUCGACAGCCCUGACAGUGGGGGUGCUGCAGGUGCUUGGGACAUGACCACUGUUGCCACGGAAGAAUGGAAAGGUCACACAGAGCUACUGUCCCCUGUGGAUGCUGAGGCAGAGAACUCUCCUCCGAGCUCCGAGACCCUCUUCCCGGCACUGGCCGAGGCUUUCCGGAACCUCCAGGACAAGAAGAAGUUCAAGGAGCGGGAGAAAGAGAAGCAUCACAUCCACUUGGUGAUGUAUCGCCGCCUUGCUUUGCUCCGCUGGAUACGCAGCCUCCAAGAGAAGGUUGUCGACCAGCAAAACCGGCUGCAGGAGAGCUUCGACACCAUCUUGGACAACCGCAAAGAACUCAUUCGAUGUGUCCAGCAUGACAUGGGCUAUGCCAAGAACACAGCUCAGGCAGAGAUGUAAACAACACGACUCCCUGCUCUUUCUGUGGACUCUGCGGCCUGUGGGCCCUGCAGUCGCCCAAGAAGGUGACUACAGAUUUCCAUAUUUGCAUGGGUGGGAGACUUUUUUAAAUGUUUUAUGUUCUUCCUGUGGUAUACCAGAACAUCACCAGCCCAUUAAGCAUGAGCACCUUGAGCCCUAGCACAUGGGCCAUAUUAUUUAUGCAUAGAUGCACUUUUCAAACUUGUUUCACUCUACAGUGUUCUGCAUGGCUUCUCUUGGGUGAAAGGCAAAACACAACGCAUAACAAAAAUUGAAUAGGGAGAGUUUGAUCCUAUGAUGAGAUCUCAAGAUCGUGAAGGAAAAUUGGGCAGGACAUUGGCACAUAUAUGCAUAGCAGUCUAAUGUCAGGGACCGGGGAGGGGGGCUUGAAAGAGGAGCCCAGUGGGUCAGUUUCCAUUGGCCUAUGUGCCCUGUGCCUGUGGCUGGAGAAGGGAACUGCCCUUUGGCUCAAACCGUGGCAGAAAUGCUUUGCAAUGGAAUUCUCAUGAUCCUGAACAUCGGGUGAUGCAAGAGAGCAAAUCUGGAGUCACUCCCUGCCAUAGCUUCUAGUCCCACUGGUCUCCCUGAGUCUGAGCAGCAUGUUUGGCUACCCCACUGUGCUUCCAGAUUGUUUUCCUGCUGUCUGCCUGUCACGCAGCCUCCUGGUCAUUUCCCUGCCUUGUUGGGCUUACCAGCUGCAGAAACAGUGGUGCUGGGUCGGUUUUCUAUCAAGGCCUCACACUCUCUAUUCCAGCCCAUUCUCUCUGCUUCCAGAUCCUUGCAGUGUCUUCAGUCAGUAUUGAUCCUCCUGGCCCUUAGAACAAGGGGUUUUAUCCAACGCUAGUCCUACUCAGAGUAGAGUAGACCUACUGAAAUUAAUGAGCAUGACUAACUUAGGUCCAUUAAUUUCAGUGGGUCUCCUCUGAGUAGAACUUCAUUGGAUGCAGACCCAAGGUGCCUGAAACCAAAGGUUCUGGAGAGAUUUGGAAUGAUCACGAAAUGACCGAUUCUCCUGAUUACUUUUCUGCUUUUUCUUUUUCUGACUAUAUAUAUAUAACCUUUGUUUGAUUCCUCCCCCCACCCCAGUUAGCACAGGUUGACUUUGGCAUACACUGGACGCUGGUCUUCUGGAUGGAUCAAUGUGUAUCCAGAACACCUUAACUCACAUGCAACCCAGCCCAAAGUUGUCAAGUCUUGUGAUUCUGACCUAACCCUUGAUAUGUGCUGAACUAUUUCACAAGCUUGGGUUUACAAGUCCAAAUGCAUAGUUGCACUGACUGUAAGAAGUGCGGUCUUCAUGGAUGUUGUCAUUAUUGUUAUUAUUAAAUUUGUGUCCUGCCCUUCCUCCCAGCUGGAACCCUGGGCUCCUGCAAGAAGUAGAGAUGGCCUCUAACUUGGAUGGCUUUAAAAGAAGAUUAGAGAAAUUGACGGAGGAUAAGCGGCGACGGCUACUAGCUGCGGUGGCCAUGUUCUUCCUCCACUGUCGGCGGUAGUAUGCCUCUGAAUAUCGGUUUAUUUAUUUAUUACAUUUGUAUGCCGCCCCAUAGCCGAAGCUCUCUGGGCGGUUUACAACAAUUAAAACAUUAAAAGCAAAUAUACAAAUUUAAAAACACAUUUUAAAAAAGCAAUCUAAAAACACAUGCUAAAAUGCCUGGGAGAAGAGGAAAGUCUAACCUGUCGCCGAAAAGAUAACAGUGUUGGCGCCAGGCACAUGUCGUCAAGAAAAUCAUUUCAUAAUUUGGCCACCACUGAGAAGGCCCUCUCCCUUGUUGCCAUCCUCACAGCUUCCUUUGGAGUAGGCACCCGGAGGAGGUCCUUGGAUGUUGAGCGUAAUAUCGGUUGCUGGGAAUCACAAAUGGUGAGAGUGCUAUUGCGCUCGGGCCCUACUUGAGGGCUUCCUGUAGCUUCUCGUUCUAGUUGGCCACCAUCAGAUCAAGACGCUAGACCAGAUGGGCCUUUGGCCUGCUCCAGCAACAAAACUUGUCUUAUGGUCUUGAUGGCUAUUUCCUCCCCCGGCCCCCCAAAAUAAAACUGAAGCAUGCGUCAGUGUUAGAUCCAAUCAGGUUUUCUUUUCCAGAACGUAUAUGUAAGGAUUACUCACAUCUGGGGGCCAAGUUAGACUUUACAUGCAGUUGCUUGUAAUUGUAUCCUGACUUUUUAUAAAAAUCCAAAAGCAGCCUUGAAUUUCAGUAGAGGGACAACAGGAGGAGAAAGGGCUGCUUCACCCUUUCCCCUCCCAUCUCUUUUCCUCCUUAGAAUCAGCAGGGGAAUGGAGGGAUUCCUAUCUCACUCUCCUAAUUCCCCAUUGCUCCAUUUUAGCAAGCAUCAGUCCUGUUUUCCCUCUUUCAGCUCUUUAAAAGAACAAACACCUCCUCUGCCAGACGCCAUAUGCAUCUGAAUCCUAGCUGCUGGAUAUCGCAAGUGGGGGCAGCCGCUGUUGCGCUCAGGUCCCGCUUGCAGGCUUCUCCUUCGGCAUCUGUUUGGCCGCUGUGAGAACAGGAUGCUGGACCAGGUGGGCUUUUGGCCUGAUGCAGAAGUAAGGCUCUUGCUAGAUUAACACCAACUUUUGUAACAAGGCACCUCCUGACCCUAGAGAGGCUACAGUAUAGUAAACUAAGCAAGUGCAUACUAUCUGUAUGCAAAAAUCUUAUUCUUGUUGCGCAGUCUCUUUGAAGCUGAAUUUUUUUUUUAAAAAAAACAUACACACACACUCAAGCUGUUCCCACCAGGUUUUACAGUGAAAAGGGACUUUUCACAGUGACUUUACAGUGACUAGCGCUAUGUGAUGAUCCUCCGUGGCGCAGAGUGGUAAGCGGCGGUAACGCAGCUGAAGCUCUGCUCACAGCCGGAGUUCGAUUUCAACGGAAGGAGGAAGACAAAUCUCCGGUAAAAGGGGUUGAGGUCCACUAUCCGUGGUCGGUAAAAUGAGUACCUGGCAUAUGCUGGGGGGUAAAUAAAGGCCAGGGAAGGAACUGGCAAUCCCAUCCCAUAUAUACGGUCUGCCUUGUAAACGUCGCAAGACGUCACCCUAAGAGUCGGAAAUGACUCGCACUAUAAGUGCGGGGACACCUUUACCUUUACUUUAGCUUUAUGUACCCCUCGUUUCCAGAAGAGAGAGGUGGAGACGCACUGGAACCAGCAGAACUGUCCUACUCUUAGGUUUUUUUAAAUGUUUGUAUUUUGCAUUUGCUGUACCAAAGAUAGAGGCUAAUAUACAACCCCAGUUGUCUAGGAUUUUAGAGUUAAUGCUUUAAAUGUUUUUCUUAAAGAAAUUAAAUCAAAUCAAAAUUUUUUUUUGCACCAAAAGGAAAUUUCUUCCCAAGAAACACUGUGGACUAGAGGUUUUCUGUUUUUGUUUUUUGUAUGAUGAUGAUGUUUUGGGAAGGUAUCAAUCCAGAUGCAGAAUUGCAAAAACACACCAUGUUGGAUCUGUUGGUGUGGUGCCAUGCGUACUGACAACUGGCUGUCAUGUGGCUCAAAACCUAUGAAAACUGGUUGGUGUAUGUCUCACAUGUUCUUCAUUGCCAAAGCAGCAGGUUCCUGCCCAUUCUGCGUGUGAGAAGCCAAAUGAUUUUAAAGAUAACAGAUUAGACAUGUCUAGCCUGCUCUAGAAGAAUGGACAAGAUGCCCUGUCUCCGAAUGAAAUCUCUUGUGAUGUGUGUACAGACCGACCAGUCCUAUCUGGUAGAAAUGGUGUCAAGUGCAGCAAAGUUUAUUUGGCAAGGAGGGAGGUUCCUCCUUCCUGUCAGUAUUUCCAAUUAUUAUAUUUUUUAUCCAUCUUAGACUUGCAGCUAUCCAAUAUAUUCAGGAUGGGCCUGCUUUGGUAAGAGUGUCGGGGCUGGAACAAGCAGUCAACUGGUCAAACAUUGUCAAUGGACCACUUAUUCAAAAAGUGUCAUAUAUUCCAUGAAGACCAAAGUGUCCUUGGUGAAGUGGCAAUCUCUUUUUUUUAUUGCAUCAGUGUAUUAUCUGAUAGCAGUGGCAGGAGUUUCCAUACUGAAAUGCUCUGAAGUCCUGCAGAAACCAGGCACAUGCACUUGCACCCCACUUAGGAAUAGCCACCUCAUGCCCCAUCCUCUCCAGAGAGUUUUGGCCCUCACCUCUUCCAGUUGUGCUGCAUGGUCUAGCUUCUGCUACUGGGCCAUGACCUGUAACUGCAGGCAUCUCUGAACAGAAAGGAACACAGGAUUUGGGAGGAAAUAAGAAAGCGAAUUAACACAAGUCACAAAAAGCCCAGAAGUAUGUUCUUAAGGUGCUUUCAAAAGUUCCUUGGAAUCUUCUAAAAGAGAGUGAUUUUUACAAGUCACAGCAUUAUGUCUGAGCUUUGAAAAAUAUUCUAAAUUAAGGCUCUAAAUCAGGGAUGGGGAGCCUGUGGCCCUCCAGAUGUUGGUGAACAGUGGUCCAUCAACAUCUAGAGAAGCACAGGUUCCUCCUCCAUGCUGUAAAUGCUUGGGGUAUUAUUUCGCAAAAUUCAACUUGUGAAUUGACCGAGAUUUUUGUUUUGCUGCUGCUGGUUUUUUUGUUUUGAGUGGUAAAAAGCCAGUCUUAACAUGAAAACGUCUCCCAGGAUUGGAAUGAAUGGGGUUCCAUUGCUUGUGGGAGGCUGCAUUCAUUCAUGGAGCUUUGUGAAGGUUUGGAUUAUGUCCAUAGGAUUGUAUCAGUCAUUAGCCAUGCUUUGAAUAGACCCACUGAAAUUAAUUUGUGUGACUAACUUCGGCGCAUUAGUAUCAUUGGAUGUACUUGGAGUAGAACUUAGGUGCAGAUAAUCCAUAGUCUUUAACUUAAGUCUUUGACGUAAGUGCUUAAAAUUGCUACCCCUGUGACCUCAACUUUGUUGAACUUAUAUCAAAGUUUUAUUCGUUAUAUGCAGAUUUUUAAAGAAAUGUCAUGAUUUAAAAUGUGUUUAGUUUUACACUUUUUUUAAAAAAAAUACAGAUGGCUCUACUUAUAUCUAUAUUUUAAACAUGUUAUAUCAGGAAACUCAAAUCCUUCUUAAAUGGAGGCAGGUAUCCUGGAAACUGGAUAUUUUAUCAGGUUGACGACAAUGAAGAUUGUGUGUCUAAAGAAGGGAGAGGUUUUGAUGUGAAUGGAAUGUUGCUGUUGUAUAUUUUUUUACAGAACAAAUUUAUUGCAUAGUAUAUUGGGAGACUGGAUAAGGGGUAUGAAUUAGUAUUGCCACCUGUUAAUAGUAGUUGGUAUUUGCAAUCAGUAAUGCAAAUUAGGAAUGACACUGUAUAAGCAACUGAAAGAGGUAAACAAAAUUCUGUUCCAAUUAUGGGCAUAACAUUAUUUGUUUCAUUUUUAAAUCAGCCCUCAUCCUGUAAGAUCCUAGGGUGGUUCACAACACAACACAGAUAAAAUACGACCCCACAGAACAAUAUUUAAAACAAUUAAAAACCUUUUUACGAAAACACAUAGAUGACAUAGUCAUCAAUUUCUUAGCAUGUGCAGUGCUGAUCUGAUGAUCUUCACCUCUUAUAGCAAGUGUAAAUCCAUAAUUAUUGUUCUGAAUGAACUAAUCCACAAGACCACAAAGUGAGAAUUCACCUUUUAUUCCCUGGGAAAGGCAUUCAAUGUGGACUUUGCAUAAGACAUGCUCAGAUAUUGGGGUAAAUGCAGCACGUAAAGAUUUGCCUCUUAAUCUGGAAGUUGUUGAGAGUUGAGGCUCCAUUUUAAAAUAGUCUUUAUGUGAUGAUUUAUUUAUUUUUUAAAUUUAUAUCCCUCCCUUCCUCCCAGCAGGAGCCCAGGUUGGCCAUGAAUAGGAUCUUUCUGCUGUGGGUGAUGGUCUAGGCAGGUACGAUGGAAGAUUCUAUAGCUACACUGUUGCUUUCAGCUUACUUAAUUAUCAUUCCAUCUUCCCAGGGAAUCCUAGGAAUGUUGUUCUCUGGGUGUGUUAGUAGGGAUCACUUACACAUUCCUGAGCAUCAUUCAAAACUGCAGUUCCCAGGGUCCUUCACUGGAAGCCAUUAGAAUUAAACGGGUAAAAACUGAUAUAAGUUUGUAGUGUAGUACAGGUCUUUAUGUGUAAAUGGGGUGUUUUUGUAUGUGCAAUAAGUGUGCAUAUGUAUUGCUUGUCUGUUCUUCUAUACUUAAAACAAAAAGUCCAUGUUUGCCCUCAAAGUUGCACUUUGGUUGUAGGAUGUUGUAUAUUCCAAAAAACCCACAGCAAGGAAAUGUGAUACUUUUGAUCAGAUAACUUUUGCUGUUGUGAUUGCUGCGGGGAUUGUGGAUGUUUAAGAGUGCCAUGGGCACCUACUAUGCUAUUACUAGUGACAAGUGACAACCUAUUCUUCCCAGACCUUUCCACCACCAUCACCAACAACCUCAAAUUUCCUUGCAGUCUUUUUUUUAUUAGAAACACCUUUUUACUAUCUGUUACCUUAUGUACUGGAGACUUAUGAUAAUGAUGAAUAUUGGUAAAUUAAUGGUAAUUACAAAAACACAGUGCUCCCUAGAGCAGUCUUUCCCAACCAGUGUGCCUCCAGAUGAUGUUGGACCACAAUUCCCAUCUUU